AGCGGGCAUCGAGUCAACUGGCAAGACUGCGGGCACCGAGUCGUCUGGCAAGACUGCGGGCACCGAGUCGUCUGGCAAGACUGCGGGCACCGAGCCAACUGGCGGAACAGCAGGCUUCGAGUCGUCUGCAAGACUGCAGGCACCGAGUCGUCUGGCGGAACAGCGGGCACCGAGUCAACAGGCACGACAGUGUGCACCGGGUCAUCAGGUAUCGGAUUGUCUGGCUCGACAGCGGGCAUCGGGUCACCAGGCAUCAGGUCAUUUGGCUUGCCAGCGGGCACCGCGUCAUCUGGCAAGGCAGUGGGCACCGGGUCACCAGGUAUGACAGCGGGCUCUGAGUCAAUUGGCACGACAGCGGGCACUGGAUCAGGUACCGGAUCAUCUGGAUCAACAGCGGGCAUCGAGUCAACUGGC